AUGGGAUCUUCGACUGGUAACGGUGAAGCAGUCUCGGAACAAGCGCGUUCGGACAAACCCUUUCCCAUCACCGAAAUCAGAACCAGCCAAGCAACGCCCAAGCCAGCCACUGCAUUUCUAAGAUUUCUGUCAUAUGGUUUGCCAUGGGCAGCAUGGCUCCUGAAUGUGGCCUUGCUCAUUACACCUCGUUACCAGAAGGCGGACAUAUCUCUAUGUCUCGGAGGCGACUUCCUUCAGGAACAAUUGGUGGCUACUGGAAACACAAAUGCAACCACACUACCGUCUUUGUGCGAAUACCGAGCCUACCAUCUUGGAAUCGUUCGAAGCACGGAAGAAUUGACUGGGGCAUCUGCCCUGAGUGCCGAAGAUGAUAUAAAUGAUCUGGCAGCGGACGAUUUCUUCAACAGUUUUGCGCUGGGAGCCUCCUCUGUCCCUGUCACUCUGGGGUGCAUUCUCAUGUGCAUCUGUUGCGGUCCCGUCUUGCUCGGCGAAUUUGCCAAGGGCCAAUCUAUGCUAUGGAAUAUUUCUUUUUUGGUCCAUUUCAUUAGUGCACUCUUUAGUGCCUUGACAAUGCUCUUUUUGCAAACAGACAUGUGUCAAGAAGACCAAAUAUGUACCACCCUACAGGAGAAUGACCGCUAUUCUGCAAUGACUUCUUCCAUUCUUGGUUUUAAUGGUGCCAUUGCGGCUUUGAAUGAUGGGGAUAGUGAUCCCAUCAAUGUCGAGUGUCAACAGACUUGCUCGGUCGACGCGGGGUUCUAUCUGUCCAUUGUAACAACUGUGCUCUGGCUCUCGGCAUUUGGAGGAACAGUCAUGCUGAAAAAGGCCAAUGCCAAGAUUCAUCCAUAG